UCGGGCACAGGAAAGAAUACAAAACCUAUAGAGAGGCACUAUGACGGUGGCCGUAUGGUUGACGGUGGUGAUAGGAGCGGUGCCACUAAUAGGGUGUUUAUUGUGGUGGUGGAACGACAUAUGGUAUGGCUUAGUUAUGACAGCUCUCCGGCCAUCCCAAAGUGGCACCAAGCUGCCGCCAGGCUACAUGGGUCUUCCGAUCAUCGGUGAAACGCUCACAUUCCUGUGGUACUUCAAAUUUCUUGGUCGCCCCGAAGACUACAUAAAUUCAAAGCGUCAGAAGUAUGGUGAUGGGACAGGUAUGUAUAAAACACACCUGUUCGGUAGGCCAUCAGUGAUUACAUUUUUACCAACGACCAAUAAAUUUGUACUUCGAGAUACCGAAACCUUCAGGUUGGAGUGGGCAAAUCCAGAGCUCAUAGGCAAGACGUCAAUGUUUGUGGUUAACGGAGACGCACAUCUUAGGAUUCGAAAUUUUGUUAUUCGAAGCAUUAACCAACCAGAUGCUCUACGUCGAAUCGCCCUUGCUGUGCAACCACGUAUGAUCUCAGCCCUCCAAACGUGGACCACACGUGGUAAAAUUAAUUCCUUCAAUGAAAUAAUGAAGGUCACUUCUGAGAACAUCGGCAAGUAUUUUGCUAGUUUCGAGCCAGGCCCUAUCCUCGACAAGAUUAACGAACACUUUGAGGAAAUUCUUGAUGGAUUUACGGCCUACCCUUUGAAUAUACCAGGAUUUAAAUUUCAUCGUGCGAUUCAGUCUCGUAGAAAAGCUCAAGCUAUUUUCAAGGAAGAGUUGGAUAGAAGGAGGAACAACACAGAUGGAAGUAACCAACCUAUAAAUGAUUUAAUCGAUGGGUUUAUUACUCUGAAGGAUGAGGAAGGGAACUAUUUAAGUGACACUGAGAUUCUUGAUAACAUUACUAGCAUUGUUCUUGGUGGAGUAAGAGCCAAAAAACUUGUAACCAGCGAUGAGAUUUUCAAGUUGGUAUACACCAUCAAGGUUGUGGAUGAAACAGUCAGAUUGUCGAAUGUCGCUAACUUUGUUUUACGUACAACAACAGAAGAUGUUGAGUAUAAAGGAUACACUAUACCAAAAGGAUGGAAUAUGAUUGUAUUGCUUAGGAAUGUCCACGUUGAUCCUAAAAACUAUGAUGAUCCAUUGUGUUUCAACCCUGAUAGAUGGGAUGGAUCAAUGCUGCCUGAAAACUUCCAAGCAUUUGGCGCUGGUCCAAGAACCUGUGCAGGAAAUAUGCUCGCUCGUUUACAACUGGCCUUGUUUCUACAUCAUAUCUCCACGGGAUACAAAUGGGAAUUAGUGAAUCCAGACGUGAAAGUGAAGUAUCUCCCAAAUCCUAAGCCAGAGGAUGGUCUCGAAAUUACCAUUGUCAGAUUAUGAAUCCUACUACCAGAGAGUCUACUAGUUUUAUAUGUUAUGUAGUUUCUAUGAUGAAACAAGCAAAGAGUGGUUCGCUGAAUAAAUAUUUUACCCUUUGUGUUCAAAACCUCAAACUCAAAUCUUUGAAUAAAUAUUACCCUUGUGUUCAAAACCUCAAACUCAAAUCUUUGACCUUUGUGAAAUCCGUCAGUAAACGGUUUUAUUGUUUCCGGAAAAGCCUUGUGUCCUAAGAGCAUCCACAAUGGUGAGUUCAAUAGAAGAG